GACAUUUACGAACACCGACAGUAGUGACGAUAUAAAACGCUAAGCGAAGUAGUUGUAUGUUGAAAGGCAUAUUUACGAAAUUAAUAACUAUUAACCAAUCUUAAUUAAGCGUCUGCGAUCUCCUUUAGAAAGUUUCUGUUAAAUCGUCUCUUACUCUCUUGUACUUUGUUUUGAUUUGAUCACAUAGUCAUAAUGUUAGCUAUCGACAUGCUGCAAUUGCUAAAUUCCGAUAAAGGCUACCGCCUUAUGAAGUGUAUAUCAGCUGUAAAUUUAAAUCGGUAUUCUAAGUGACCUAUAUUUAUCAGAACUGCAACGCAAUUCAGUGUCGCCGUGAAGCCCUUCGGUUUAUCGAGGCGAUGAAUUUGUGAUAUCGUGAUGGUGACAAUUAAGGUUAUAGGACUUCCGUAUACACAUUGGGAAGUGAGAAAGAUCCAAGAAAGCGGAAAUCAGAUGCCCAUGAUUCGGUGACUUCGUUUGCAAAGCACAAUACUGACUCCGCCCCUUGCACUUGGUACAAUGACUUGGACAUAAACUUGUGUAGGCUACUUAUUUUCAACAUAUUUUGAGUUCUAGGGUUUAUACCCCCGGAAAGCCACCGUCUAUACAUAUAUGUACAACAAUAACCACUUAAUUGAUUAGGCCACUGCCAAUGACAUUCUUCUUGCUAUUCGGUCUCAAAUGUUUCCUGUGCCGAAUACCAAUAAAAAAUCCAUUUAUCUUACAUCGUUGUGAUCAACUGCGUGCUGUACGCUCACCCACGCUCGCCAACAUUUUUAAUGUUUCGUGAUCAAAUAAUUCAGAAUGCACGUUACAAAUUAGCAGCCUACAAUUGUUAACGGAUUUCGUUUUUGCCGAUGCAAACAAAUAGAAAAUAAUUCUUCGUCGUAUAUGCACAUGCCAACACCCAGUGAUUCCCACCAUUUUCCUUAAAUUUCGGUAUCACUUGCGACAAGAAGGCAAUAAACACAAGACUUGCUGCAUAUUUUAACUUGAUAGACAAGCUAGGAGGAAAACAAAUAUAAGGAUGAAAAAGAAAUUGGUUCGGCUCCAGUGAUCGGGGGAUGCACGCAAUAUCCCUGUUCAGAGUCGUUGUCAUCAGUAUAGGAUACGGUUUCUCAAAAUCAGUUAUGUGGUCCAUCAUUUUGUCAUGGGGGAAAAAGUUAGAGCUAUAGAUUGUAUUUUUCCGUAUAUACUUCUUCCGUUUGGUUUCCCUUCUGGUUUCCGCCAUUUAAAGUAAUUGUUUCGUGUAUCGCACCACAACAGUAUAGGGUGAAAACUUGAAAUAAAAUAUCACAAUGGAACUUACCUUGCUAAUGAAAUUGCUUUCGAAUUUUUCAGCAGAUAAAUAAAGGGUGGAAUUAACAUUGAAAUGCCAUCCUGAAAGUAACGCUGAUUAACGGCAAAUUGGGAAGAUUCAGAACGACAGCUCAUACUAUAGGAUAGGUUGUGCGUUUUGUUAUUAUAGGAUUGAAAAUGGUAAAAUAUCUUGAAAGUCAUCGCUAAUAGGGGGAUUUAAAUUAUAUAGAGAAUGAGUGUAUAGUAAAUUGAUACCACAAUAUAUGUGGAGUCGUUAAGCAUAAGCAUAAGCAAUGGUUUCACAUUUCUUAUGACAACGUGCGAGUAGUAUCUUAAUCGCUCUCAUUAGAAGUUACUUUAUUAGGCCUGUACCGAAUGCAUAGUUCAUUCAGUUAAGAAUGGCAAGUAUGCUGUACCGAGAGACUGCAAGGAAAGCUAGGAUUCACGAAUCAGGGAUUUCCAAUAUCUGUUCAAAAUUUGAGCUUGCUAAAACCUUGUAAGGUAGAAAAAUUGUUUUGCUUUUGUUUCUUCAUAUACAGGACGCUAAAAAAGUCUAGUAAAUCAAAUAAGUAAUUGUUAUUCACCGUUACGCCAUAUGUCGCAUGUGUGUUUCAUAAUUAUUCAUGCCCACACGGACAAACGUCCAAAUGAAUGGUAGGGCAAUUUUUUUUUCCUCUUCUACCGCAAGCAAGAUCGGUUUGUUAAGAACAGGACAAUGUAACUGAAUAAUUCAUUAAGAUGUAUUAUAAUAAUUUUUUAUUUAUUUGAAACCUUAUUAACAAUGCAAGGAAAAUUUCCCUGAAAUACUGUAGCCUAAUUUCCGAGAAGCUUAUUGCUUCGAAGUUUUAAGGGAAUAUGUUUCGGCUUAAGAUCAUGUCCAGGAGAAUUAUACAAGUAACAUAAAUAAAACUACGUCUUAAAACAGCAAAUGAAAAAUGGAAAACUUUGCCAUUUGUUAUAGACGCAACAGAGAACUUCGCCACAAAAGAGCAGCUUAGCAAAAACUACAUUUCUUUGUGCCCUAGGUUGCCAUCAUUGUUUAAUUUCUACGGAUUAUGGCCUAAAAAAAUUCUUACUUCUUUUUUAAGCUAUAUGCCUUGUACAACUAUUUUCAUGUUGGGAAAUGUAGCCACAUCCUACCAUUCAAUAUACAACAGUUAUGGUGUUGCUUUUGUUCAGGCCUGUAUAGUGCCUCUCCGUUAAAUUUAUGAUUGCAGUUUCAAGGUCCUGAAAACAACUGAUUAAUCGGUAAAAUCUGGCAUCAUUUGACGUUGCUUACAAACAAUUCAAAUUGUUCUCCAGAAUUGUGAUUUUUUUUGUUUUCUUUUGUUUUCUUAUUUCGAAAACAAUCCGUUUGUUAGACUUGUGAAAUUUUUCUCUAAUCUACUAUAAUUCUUAUUUUAUAAUACAAGUCAAUGGUAAUAUACAUCCAUAAAAUCGGUGUUAAAAUAUUUUCAAUUUGCUGCUGUUGAUUAUAUAAAUAGAAUAUAGCAGCUGAUGGGAGAACACCAACUCUCAAUACCCUUUAUACUUUCUACAUUGUAGCCCUCGGAAAUCAAACCAUCGUUUCACUUUGUAUCAAAAAUUUUUUUGGUUUGUCAAACCCAAAACAAUUGACGGUCGGAACAUUUGUGCAAGAAGGCACUAAAAAGUAUAUGCAUAAUACCGCCUAAUACAGUGUAUGGUAAUAUGCGUGAAAACGUCACAUCCCGUUAGAAGCUCGGGACGCAUCAGCACCGCAAAUAUAGACUGAACUCCUACGUGUUCAGCUCAGGUAGACGCAAUUUCUUUGUUUGUCCGCACUUUAAACAUUUCCGUAGGUUCGCUUAUAGGCUUGAAAAACAGGCCUGUUGCCAUUCAUGGUACUAUGCAGCGCGCCCUAACAGCUGUGGGUUGCGUAUAUACGGAGAACAGUUACCCACCGCAGAGUUAUGUUCGUUAAGCAAAGACUUACGCUAUUUAUGCUAUGCUGACAAGAUUUUUAUUACGUAUACAGCAUAGUAGACUAAAAAGACACAGAUGGCCAACGGGUUUUAUGGUUCCAUUCCAUAGUUGCACAAACUACUUAAUUUUUACUUCCGUGCAAGAAUUUCGUCAACGCAUCAACUUGUUUGAAGGUUGCGGAAAAAGAAUGACAAUUGUAAUAAGCCUAAUUUUACACCACGUCCUAACCUCAGUGUCUUUCGUCUAGAUGCUCCCCUUAUUCGAUUUGUAUACUUCUGUUUGCAUACUUAUUACGGCAAACAUCAAUUUUCUUCAUUUUAUUUCGACCCGUGGCUAACCCCUUAAAGUGGUUUAAGCGAUUGAACAAAUUAACCCAAACUGCUGUUGUGCCUCUGAUCGUUCAUAUUGUAUUCCCCAACUUAUAGUUGAAACUGACUAGGAUAGCCUACAUCUAUCACGAUUCAGUGUGCUAAAUUGCAUAUAGUACGUAGGUAUGCUGGAUAUUUCCUUAAAACUUUACAAAUUAAAUGGUUAUUGGAUAUAGUUUAACGUAUAGUAAACGGAAGGUUUCCUAUUGGAGUCCGCAAUUUUAUAUAGAAGAAUCCAGCUUGACGCAAUUAUCUGUCGACAGUAUAUACAAAUAAAUUGUGGUAUUGUAAUUUUUUAUUGUUUGCGACAAUAAAAAGUCAGAUGCCAGAUCGAAUUUUUCCUUUAUAAGUAUGUUCGUGAUUGGCCGGAUGUGUGCGUAACAAAGAAAUACACGCAGCAUACCUCCACCAUAAGGACGCGCCAGCAUGCUGAUGUAACGAAUACAGUCAUCAGCUGGGAUCGUUACAUUCAUCCUGCUUGGCUUACGGUAUUUCCGACUUCUUGGUGAAGGGUACAUAGGCUACUUGGAGAAACAUAGAUUCUCCAGUUCUCUCUGCAUUGCGCUAUUGUUAAGACAUCUUCUACUCCGCAUUCGAAAUUGUGCUCAUCGAUUCAAAGGGAUUUCCAUCUAUCGCUCUUAUUUCAUUUGAGGACGAAACAAUAAUUUGUUUUUUGGCGUUACACCCUUUCCUGAAAAACAACUGAAUAAAAAAAAAUGGUUCAUAGUAUGUUGACCUUGAAAGCGCUAUUUUCCAUCGUUGGAAUGUCACUAACCGUUGACGCAUUAUCUUUCGAGAACUUCGUCGAUCCGCUGUUAAGAAAUGGGGAAGAAUUGAAGCUGGAAGAUCAGCUCUCUGAGCUAGGUCGGGUUCUUGAUGUUGCAGCCCGUAAUCUCUUCAAUCUAACAGUCGGAACAUCGGCAACGCUGAGCCACACAAACGCCUUCUUUGUUAUUAUCCUUCUUUCCGGUGUCAUCUUCACUAUAUUCACUAUCACCGCCAUGGCAGCUUCCUCAAUUUUCACAGGUACCAGCGUUCAGUCUUACUAUGGGAAGCGCUCACUGCCAGACGACGAAGGAAAUGAACUGAAUUUCCAAUGGGCUCGUAUUAUACAAAUCCUUCAUGAAAUGGACGAGCAUUUUCAUCGCCUAGGAGCUGAACAGAGUGAGGAUGAUUGUCGGAAACGCUUGGUGUGCAAGUUAUUUGAGGAACAUAAUGACAGUAAAGACGCCAAUCAUAGGCAGCUCGCAAAUCUCACCAACGAGCUCAGUGACAUAUACGGAAACAAUGAAUUGGAUACCGGACGGUCGGAUGUACAGCCAUUUUAUGACAGUAUGAAAGCUUAUAACGAAGCCGUCAAACAUGGAAGAAAAUUCAAAAACUGCACGACUCUCUUUCCCAAAUGCGAUAGAUACUGAAACCGCGUGACGUAAAUACAUUCUAAAGGAUAUCCCGGGGUUCAUAUGACAAGUUAUACAAUAUAUGUUUGACAAAUCAUAUUUCUUGCUCUACAUCACGUUCACUUGACAAGAACGAAACUUUUGGCUCGUUAUGGCACGCAUCGGAAAAUACGAUACUAUUUAUUGGCGUCAAUUGGUUUCAGUCUUCAUAUGUGGUGAAAUUUUGUUCUGUUUGAACACCUUUCUGACUUCUAUUGUUACCCACUUCUUUAAUGUAAUGUUUGAUACACUUGUAUACCGCA